AUGGCGCGAUUGUCUGCUGUGUUCUUGCUCCUCGGCCUCUUGGGCACCAAUGUAGUUGCCGAGUACAACGAGACUCUCCAGAAUAUCAACGCGGACUGCGAUAACGGGUGUUUCUUCGGCAGCUUCCCCGGUGGAUCCUGCACCAACGAUGCAGCCUGCAUGUGCGACCAGCAGAAAUAUCGCGAGACGUACUUCUGCUGCAUGGCCAAGAAGUGUGCCUCCAAUGUCCUGCCCGAUUCCAUCCAGCGCCAGACUUUGGAAUGUGAGGCUAGAAACAUGCCUUUCACAUUCGACGAAGAGGCUGCCUGUGGGAUCUCGCCGAGUACUUCUGCUUCUCCUGCUACCGUCACCGUCACCGUUAAUGGAGACUCUACAUCGGCGACGGUGACCACUUCGGCUUCUUCCACUGGUUCGGAUGCGUCGAUAAAGACGGUCGGCCUGGGAGCUGCUGGGCUUGCUGCUGUGGCUGGAAUGUUGCUUUAA